CGAGGAUGCCAUCUGCUUGGUAUAUAUCGACCGGGGCCACUAAUCCUGUCGACAGUUCUCUCUGAUCGAGGGUGACAAAGCUCGUGAGAUUUUUUUGAUCCGGAUACAAUUAACGAAAAAAUAGUUUUGAAAUCGACACGCAGGCGAGGAAGAUGGAUCUCUUCAAGUGGACUCUCGGAAUUUUUGCUCUCAGUACUAUGAUUGUCGUCAAUCUGGCGAACGAAGAGUUCAGUUUCUUCAACAAAGGAUACCGUGCUCUUUACCGAGUUUAUGAAGAAUGUCAACAGCGUAACGUGGCUGUGUCAUCGUGCCUAAAGAAAAAGGCUAUAUCUUUCCUCGAUAGACUUGGUCGUAUCGAUAGUCUACCAAUAGGAGAGAAUUUAGAACUUAUCAAAGUUGCUUCUUCGGCGGAAAACGAAUCAAAGAGCUCGACAAUCGAUCUGGAAAGCUUAGGUCGCAAUAGUGGUGUUUCCAAGGAUGAAAUACUCAAUGAUAUUCUUUUGGAUAGAAUCGCAAAUCUGUUAAACGGAUUCAAUGUGCAAAUUCGUCUUCCAAAGACCAAUUUUGGUGAACUGAAACGUAGCAUCGAGGAAGGACGUGGUAAGAUGAAGAAGAUGAUGGGAAUGAUGAUGAUGGGUAUAGCCAUGAAAAUGGCUGCUCUGGUACCGAUUGCCAUGGGCGUUCUUUUCCUUCUCGCUGGUAAAGCUCUUAUCAUCAGCAAGAUAGCUCUGGUACUGUCGUUGAUAAUUGGUCUGAAAAAGUUGCUUAGUCAGAAGCAGAGUCACGAUUCUCACGGUGGAUGGCAGCAAAGUGGCGGUGGAUGGGACAGGAGUUUGAAGGAAGUGACCGCCGUCACGGAAGCCGACAGGCAGUACGCUCACAAUCUGGCAUACAGCGCGAGAGUACAACAUUGAUGGAUAGCCGAGAAGGAAAGAGAGAAAGAAAGAGAAAGAAAGAGAGAGAGAGAGAGAGAGAGAGAGAGAGAGAGAGAGAGAGAGAGAAAGAAAGA